AUGAACAUCCGCAACCAGAAUGUGCUCUUGACCGGUGCAUCUAUGGGCAUUGGCGAAGCCAUUGCAAACUCCUUGGCAACAGAAGGCGCUAAUCUUAUCUUGCUCUCAAGAUCGGAGGUAGAGCGAUGUUCCAAGAAGAAGAUCCAAAGGACAACUCGAACUGACAACUUCACAGNNGACAAGCUAUCCAAGAUCGCGGCGAGGCUCAGCCAGGCACAUCCUGACACAAAAUGUAUUUAUCGCACUGCCGAUAUCAGCGACUACGAAUCGAUCGACAAGGCUGUCAAGUCUGCUACUGAACAGCUCGGAUCCGUCGACGUUUUGGUCAACAAUGUACAUACUGGUCACCUGUCACACACCGAAGAUAUUGCUAACUGCUCAUCAAGGNCAGGACUUGCAUUGGGUGCACCAAACGCUUUCCCCGAUCUUAGCAUCAAGGACAUUCUCACAAUGAACAAUACCAAUGUUAAUGGGCUGAUGCUUACGACAUACGCCGUCUUGCAACACGGCAUGAGGAAGCGUGGUGCAGGCACCAUUCUGAACAUCACAUCCGUGACUGCACUCGAGAUCCCGCCGUUCGCUGGAGAGGCUGUCUAUCAUGCCAACAAGGCGUGCCAGGAAGGUUUCACAAAUGCGCUCCGCAGUGAGCUCGUAGGCACCAACAUUCGUGUAUUGGCUCUGAGACCAGGGUGCGUCGCUACCAAUUUCCAUUCGCAACGCGUUGGACAUGACAAGCAGAUGUACGAAGAAUUCUUCGAUGGAUACACGUAUGUUCCUACUCUAUCACAAUCGACUCAUUGCUAACAUGGUCGUAGUCCACUUGAAGCCAAAGACAUUGCAGAUGCUGCAACAUACAUGCUCAAGCAGCCAGAACACAUCUCAGUCAAGGCGAUGGAUGUGAUACCCACUGCUCAACGUAGUCUUGCAACCUUUGAUCGUGAAUGGGAUCAGCGCAAUAACAACACGACGAGCUAG